GAAUCCAUUAUAGAAGAGGUGUCCAUUCCUGGUUCUUUUUAUGAGCUCCUCCUGUUUUGGAUUGGCUUUAUAAGAUUGCUCAACUGCUUAAGCCCCUUUACGACACUGAACUUGGUAGUGAGAAAUGGAGCAUCAGAAGGUGAUGGAGAGAGAAAACAACAAAGGGGGUGUUUCUAGUUCAUCCUACGAUGGAGAUGACGUCAAUGAUAUGGUAAGGGAUAUGAUGGAGAUCAUUGAGACCGUUGGAUCCUAUUCUGGGUAUAGGAGAACACAGAGAAAAGAAUGCUUAAACUUAGUGAGGAGAUUGAAGCUGUUGGCACCCCUUUGGGAGGAGAUAAAGGAGAAUGUGAAGUUGGUUUCAAGUGAGAAUUUGAAUUGCUUGGUUAAUUUGAAGAAGGCACUUCUUAGUGCCAAGAAGUUGCUCAAGAAAUGCAGCUGUGGAAGCAAGAUUUAUCUAGCUUUAGAGAUUGAUGCAGUAAUGGCUAGAUUUCAUGCUGUAUAUGACAAAUUAAAUCGGGCUAUGGAUGCUAUGCCUUAUGAUGAGUUUGGGAUCUCAGUUGAAGUGAAAGAACAAGUUGAGCUAAUGCAUAUGCAACUCAAAAGAGCCAAAAGGCGAACCGACACGCAGGAUAUAGAACUCGCAAUGGACAUAAUGGUUGUAUUCUCUGAAAAGGAUGACAGAAAUGUAGAUAUUGCAAUACUAGAAAGACUGGCCAACAAGCUAGAACUACGUAAUAUUCCAGACUUGAAAGCAGAAACGGUAGCUGUUAGAAAACUAAUCACUGGGAAGGAUGUUCGGAAUGCUGAAAGUAUCUGUCAAAUAACAAAUCUGCUUGGAAAACUCAAACGGAUUGCUGGGGUUGAUGAAACCAUUGAGCUUGAUGGCCCUAUCUCUUCGAAAAUUCUUCAGAGGAACCAAUCGUUGCUGAUUCCUCAUGAAUUCCUUUGUCCAAUUACUCUGGAGAUCAUGGUGGAUCCUGUUAUUGUGGCAACAGGACAGACUUAUGAAAGAGAAAGCAUACAGAAGUGGCUAAACUCUAAUCAUCGGACUUGUCCGAAGACUGGACAAACUUUGGAUCACUUGUCUUUAGCACCCAAUUUUGCACUCAGGAACCUUAUUUUACAAUGGUGUGGAAAAAAUAAUUUUGAACUGCCUAGAAGGGACGCUUGUGUGGGAUGUGAUGGAUCAAAUGCUGAACUUGUAGAGCAAAUCUCUUGUUUGGUUCAAAAUCUGUCCUGCACUGAGCUUGAUGUACAGAGAGAGGCUAUUGCGAAGAUCCGAAUGCUCUCUAAAGAGAAUCCAGAGAAUAGAAUUUUGAUUGGCAACAUUGGAGCAAUCCCACCAUUAGUUCAUCUCUUGUCCCAUCAGGAUUCUGUUGUUCAAGAACAAACUGUGACUGCACUUUUGAAUCUGUCAAUUGAUGAAGCAAACAAAAGAAUCAUAGCAAGAGAAGGAGCCAUUCCUGCUAUAAUAGAAAUCUUGCAAAGUGGAACAGAAGAGGCCAAAGAGAACUCUGCUGCAGCUUUGUUUAGCUUGUCGAUGCUUGAUGAGAACAAAGUACUGGUGGGGACUUUGAAUGGAAUCCCUCCUUUGAUAAAUCUUUUGCAAAAUGGGACAAUCAGAGGUAAAAAGGAUGCUGCAACUGCACUCUUCAACUUAUCUUUGAACCAAACCAACAAGUUCAGGGCAAUUAAGGCUGGUGUAAUACCACCAUUGCUUCAUUUGCUGGACGAUAAAAAUAUAGGCAUGAUCGAUGAAGCCCUUUCGAUCUUGUUGCUCCUUUCAUCACAUCCUGAAGGAAGGAAUGAAAUUGGGAAGCUUUCUUUCAUAAGAACACUUGUUGAAAUCAUCAGAAGCGGAACUCCUAAGAACAAGGAGUGCGCCACAUCUGUUCUUCUCGAGUUGGGGCUAAAUAAUUCGUCUUUUAUUUUGGCUGCACUACAAUAUGGUGUUUAUGAAGAUCUGGUAGAAAUUGCAAGAUGUGGAACUAACAGAGCUCAAAGAAAAGCAAAUUCUCUUUUGCAGCACAUGAGUAAGUGUGAACAUAUUCCUUAGAACUUCUACAAACUGUUGAUAAUAUUCUACACAUGAUGAUGGCUUUAGAUCAUGGAUCCAUUUAAAAAACAGUAAAUAUGUAUAUAUUUUUUUUAUUAUAUUCCUUAUUGGAUUUUCACGAUCUUUUAUCA